AUGUCAUCCAUCGCCUCCUCCCAGGAUGGGGCCGUUUUGCGGCUGGCAAGCUGGAUAUCCGACCAGCUGUCGGCCUCGAGAAUCGCCGCUGUUGGGGCUGUUCUCUUCCUGACAACGUUUCUGAUCGGCUGCACCCGGCAGCCUCGCUACCCCAAAUCGUUGCCGCGCAUGGGCUAUGGUGAUGGCCCGUUGGCAACGCUGCGCAACUGGGUCGCCUACACCUUUCACUUCCACGAGUGGACCGAGGAGGGCUACCGGAAGCAUUCCAAGCACGGCCGCACAUUCAUCGUUUCCUCAGGCCCGUCGUUGCCGCAGGAGAUGGUCGUCCCUCGGUCGCAGACUGCGUGGAUGCUCGACCUACCCGACAACAUCCUCUCCACGGAUGAGGCUCAUGAUGUCGUGCUGCACAGCAAGUACAAUCUACUGCUGGGGGUCAACAGCAGCCACCAGCACCACGACGGCUCCUUCCACAACCGCAUUAUUCACCGCAAUCUGGCCCGCCACCUGCCCGGCCUUCUGCCGGCCAUCGAACAGGAGGUCGCGGCAGCAGUCGACUGUGCCUUUGGUACCGGCAGCGAUGGCGAGACCGGCGACUGGCACACGGUCAACCUCUGGGAUGCCUGGCUGGCAAUGGUGUCGCGCGUGACGAACCGCAUGCUCGUGGGCGAGAACGUGUGUCGAGGGCCACACCUGCUGCAGCACAUGAUCCGCUUCGCCGACGUCGUCGUGGCCAACAGCUUUGUGCUGGGUAUGUUUCCGAAGCUGCUGCAUCCGCUCGUCGGCCGGCUACUCUGUCUGUCCAACUGGCGCCACUGGCGUGCUGCGCACAAGAUGCUGGAGCCGCUGAUCCAGGACCGGCUGCGGCAACUUGCUGCCGGCGACGAGGCCGUGUCCGAGGACUACAUCACGUGGCACAUCCGCACAGCCAUGGCCGAGGGCCGUGUCGAAGAGCUGACGCCGGCUGCUGUGUCCCGGAGCCUGAUGCCGCUCGAGUUCGCCGCCAUCCACACAACCGUAUUAACGGGUCAUUCGCUGCUGUUGGACCUGCUGUCAUCGGACCCGUCUCGCGGCUUCAUCGAUGCCAUCCGGAACGAGGUCGGGGUCGUGCAGUCGGCAGACGCUCCCUGGACAAAGGCCCAGCUCGGCCGUCUGUGGCGAACCGACAGCGCCAUUCGCGAGAGCAUGCGCAUCAGCAACUUCGCCACGUCGCUGACCAAGCGAAAGGUCGUCGCGCCUGGCGGCCUCACCAAUGUCGCCGAGGGCUGGCAUGCUCCGUACGGCAGCUUUCUCGUCCUCAAUCUCAGCGACAUGCACCACGAUCAGGACCUGUAUGUGGACCCGGACUACUACGACGCCUUUCGCUAUUCCCGCAUGCGUGAAGAGGCCACAGCUGGCCCUGCCGUUGACGGUGGACCGGCCAGAGGCAGUCAGCUGGGCAUGGUCACCACGAGCGACCGACAUCUCGCCUUUGGCCAUGGUCGACAUGCUUGUCCCGGCCGCUUCUUUGUCGCCCACGAGCUGAAGAUGAUCCUUGCAUACCUGCUGGCCAACUACGACGUCAAGCCGCUGGCAGAACGCCCGAAGCCCCGCUGGAUCGGACAGACCAUCAUUCCCCCGCUAGAUGCCAAGAUUGAGGUGCGCAGGAGGACGCCGGUGUGA